GACAACCAUUCGAAUUCAUAUACGGAAGAACAUUGCCUCACGUAUUGAAUGAUACCUAGAUCCAGCCAUCACUACCCGCAAAACAAUGAAGAUCAUUGCUCAGAGAACGAUUUGUUCCUUACACCGUAUCGCGCCGCGAUCCGUUGGAUUCUCAUCCAGCCGCUCCGUAUUCUCUGCGAGUCAAGCGGAAGACAUCAUGACUAGCGGCGGUCAGCGUCAAGGAUGUCGAUAUUUGCACCAAAGUGUUAAUGUCCGACCCAUGGAUAUGUCCAACCUUCACAGCUGGUCCGAAGCGGCCUACUUUCCCGAUCCCAAGGAUUUGAAGGUAAACAACGAGGGUGACUUGGACGCCAGCCAGUUUGGUUACCGUGUCGUGCCUCUUUCGCAGGAAUGUGUAUACACAAGCACCAUGAGUGUCUCCUCUUAUGAUGAUUAUGAUCCCGUAGAAGACAUUGACGAGCCUUAUGACAACUUCUAUGAUGAGGACAAUAGUCUGGAAGUCUCUCGAGACAAUAUUGAUGUGUCUUCGAGUGCCGCUUUAGAUACCAUUGAAGCUCACCGUGAAUGGGACAAGCUGCUGGCGGAAGAAGCGGAUCAUCCUCCUCACUUUGAAUGCUUGAAGGAAGACCCGUACCUUGAAGACCGGGAAACCUAUGACAAUGUUUGGAACGAACUCCAUACGCAUGAUUUGGAACACGUCUACCUUGGUAAAUACUGACUGUGAAUCAUCGAAACUCUGCGAACGUUUCUUUUCCAGCUUCGUUCGCACUCCCGCACCACAUCUACACGAAUGUUCCGUCGAUUGACUAGAAAACCUUAUAGAGUACAUUAGAGCCGCUUGAAGCUAACUAUAUAGUAUAAAGCAAGCAAGUUAAACUU